AUGGCCGAUUUCGAGGCGCCGCCGGGCCCUCCCCCGCCUAAGGUACCCGAGGGCUGGGUAGCCCGCUGGAACGAUCAGUACAAAGAAUGGUUCUACGUAAACACCUACACCAAAAAGUCCCAAUGGGAGAAACCCACCGAGCCCGCCCAGCCCCCGCACGACGACCUGGGCGCGCCCCCGGGCUACACCCCCGGCGCGACGCCCGCGCCCUCCGACACCAAAGUCAACCCCUACGACAACCCCAACCAAGGCGCCGCUGCAUCCUACCUCAACAGCAGCAGCAACACCCCCGGCGGCUCCAGCUUCCACGGCAACGAAGACGAGGACGCCCGCCUCGCCCGCCAGCUGCAGGCCGAGGAGGACGCCCGCGCCCGCGCCUCCCCUUCCUACCAGCAGCAGGGUCAGGGCCAGCAAAGCCCCUUCCCGGGCCAACUGCCGCCACGCCCGGAUGAUAAGUCCCGUUCGGGCGGUGGUUUGCUGGGCAAGAUCUUUGGCGGGGGGAAGAAACCGAUGGGUGGUGGUGGUGGUGGUGGUCACGGUUUGCCGGGUGGGUUGGGCGGGAUUUUGGGUGGGGGCGGUAGUGGUCACCAUGGUGGCGGCGGGUAUCAGCAGCCGUAUGGUGGUGCGCCGGGGGGUUAUGGCGCCCCUGGCGGGUAUGGCGCUCCCGGAGGAUAUGGCGCUCCUGGGGGAUAUGGGCAGCCGCAUGGUGGGGGUUACUACCCCCCGCAGCAGCACGGAUAUCCGCCGCAGGGAGGGUACUACCCGCCCCAGCAGCAUGGUUAUGGGGGGCAGCAUGGCGGAUAUAAGAAGUCCGGCGGCAGCAACAUGGGCAUGAUGGCUGGUGGCGCGGCGUUGGGUGUGGGUGCUGGUCUAUUGGGUGGUGCGUUGGUGGCGGAUGCGAUCCAGGACUCGAAUGAGGACGCGUACCAGGAUGGGUUCCAGGAUGGUGCUGAUUUCGAUGAUGGUGGUGGUGGCGACUUUUAA